AAAACAGAAGAUAGUACAGAAGAAAUCAAACUUGCACCCACAAAUGUAAAGAAACAGGACACUCCACAAGAGGGUAAACCUGCAAAACAAUCAGAUGGAGGCAUGAUUGAAGUGGGAGGAGUCAACCACUGCAAACUAGCAGAGGAAAAUUUGAUUGACAGGCCUACAUCUCUAGAAGAAUCCAUCUGUGAAAUCGACACAGGCAAUGAUGACUCAGUGAUGAUGAUAUCUUACCAUGACUACUUGUCUCACAGCCAAUCAGAAGCUGAGGAGGAAGAGGAUGACAAAGUCACCACUGAUGUCAUUGACCUAGAGAACAAUGACCCUGAAGACUCCAACAAUGUUGGAGAUAUAAUAUCUUACAGUGACUUUCUUAAAGGGGGUAUAAGAGAAACAAAAGAUGCCCAUCACACUGAAGAUGUUAAAAUUGUUGACGAAACAUCGAAUCCGGAAAUACCGUAUGAAGACUUUGUGAAGAAUAUGGGUAAUACCACAACUGAGAAUAACAUGGAUGCAAAUGAUGUAUCUAAACAGUCAGGAGAAUUACUAUCUGGAUCACCAAACUCAUCAGGACAAGGAAAGAUGGUGACAGUAGAAGCACAGGUCCACUGUCUUACAGAGGAAGGUGUUUCUAAGAAAAAACCAACAGAGUUACUAAAACAAGGCAAAAGAGCAUCAACUCCUAAGACCAAGGGGAGAAAAAAGUCUAAUGUCGUUAUAGAAGAAGUGGACUUAGUCAUCGAGGAAUCAAAUGACAGUAACAAGAAGGUAAACGAAGAAAGGGCGAAGAUCCAAAAGUCGAUCACAGCAGCAAGGAACCUCGAUCCGGAAACAAGAGCACGCAAUGAAGAGAUCAAGAAAAAUUUCAUGGCGAACUUUCGACAACCUGCUGCGAAGAAAAAGGCGGCAGAAGCAGAAGAAAAGAAUGAAGAAUCUGCAAAAGAAGAGCAAGAGAAGGAAACUGAAGAUGCAAAAGCUGACAAGAAUCGAUCCGUCAAGUCCUUACCCCCUGCAUCUAAGAGUAACACCAGGGUAAGAAAACCUGCGUCUAAGAAAGCAUUAGAAGAG